UAUUUUGAAGUCCGCGUCCCAUAUUCUCCUGUUAAGUGAAAUUCUUCACUAUUUUUCUCUACUGUAACGACGAAAUUACCACUCUUUUUCCUCCAUUUGAUCACCAUUGUCCACAACACUAUUUCCUGGUAAAUGGUUUUUACAUUUUUUUUUUAUUUAUGCAUACUUUCUGGGUUAAUUUGCCAAAUCGUUUCCUCAUCAACUAAAAAAAUGCAUCAGUAAUUGUCUUGGCGUUGGUUCAAGAAAAUUUCCUUGUUGCUUUGAUGGUACGUAUAUGUGAAAAUGAUGGACUUUAAUACUAUUUUGUCUACUUUCGAAGUGGCUUCCUAUGAAUUAUUUAAAAGUUUUUUAGCCACAGAGUUGCAGUUACAGUGUUACUAUCACAAAAAUCUCAACGAAUUACUCGGUUUUGACCUUUACUUUUUCAAGGCUUUGUAGCACGAAAACGAAAAUGCCGAAACAGAAAACAAUGAUAUGAUACCUUCUUUACAAAAUAAUAGGUUAUAAACAUAAAGUUUCGGAGUUACAGAAGCGUUUCUGUUAACGGAAACAACUCGCUUGAAUACAGCACACAGUAGUCUUAGGUGGUGAUAUUGUUGGUGAAAGCUGAUUAAAGUUAGCUAUUGAAAUUGUUAAAGAAUUAGAACAAAGUUUGGGAUUUGAUAAUGGGAGGCAAACAGUCAAGGCAUCAUGAUAAUGCUCACUGCAAUUACAAUUCUUACAGUUAUGUGCCAAGCUCUUCAGUCAACUCUGUUCUCUCUGCCAGGCAUGUUGAGUAUGAUGGAAGAAGCAAGCUACACUCCAUGUUUUCGAGAAUCGGAGAUGAUUUCCACACCCUAGAGCAGGUGACACAAGCUUUGGUGCAAGCAGGUUUGGAAUCUUCCAAUCUUAUUGUGGGCAUUGACUUUACAAAAAGCAACGAAUGGACCAGAGCACGGUCCUUCAAUCGAAAGAGUUUGCAUCAUCUCGGUGAUGGUCCGAAUCCUUACGAACAGGCAAUAUCAAUAAUAGGGAGAACACUAUCCGAAUUUGAUGAGGAUAACCGUAUCCCUUGCUAUGGUUUUGGUGAUGCCACUACUCACGAUCAGGAAGUUUUUAGCUUCCAUCCAGAAGAUGAGCCAUGUAACGGGUUUGGGGAAGUACUGAAUCGCUAUAGAGAAAUAGUUCCAAAUGUUAAUUUAGCUGGACCAACAUCCUUUGCGCCAAUCAUUGAAACUGCCAUCGGAAUAGCUGACAACAGCGGUGGUCAGUACCAUGUUUUAGUGAUCAUUGCUGAUGGGCAGGUUACAAGAAGUGUGGACACAGGUCAUGAACAGUUGAGUCCUCAGGAGCAAAGCACUAUUAACGCUAUUGUACGAGCAAGUGAAUAUCCUCUGUCCAUAGUUCUGGUUGGAGUUGGUGAUGGACCGUGGGACAUGAUGCAUAAAUUUGACGACAACAUUCCAUCUCGAUCUUUUGAUAAUUUUCAGUUUGUAAAUUUCACACAAAUUAUGUUGAAAAGCAUCCCCAUGUCUAAGAAGGAGACAGAAUUUGCUCUGUCUGCAUUAAUGGAAAUACCUUCACAAUACAAAGCUACAAUAGGGCUUCAACUUUUGGGUUGCAGAAGAGGUACACCAAAGAGGUUUCCCCUCCCGCCCCCCGUUAGAAACAGAUCUGUGAAUUCAUAUCCAAUGCAUAUUAGGCCAAAUGGUGAUCGACUGAGAAUAGGGUAUCGUAACGAUCCCUAUGACCGCAAUAUGGAUCAUUCCUCACAGAGUCGGGGCUGUCCCAUCUGUUUAUGGAGCAAGAAAGAUCUUGCAUUUGGAUGUGGACAUCAGACAUGUUAUGAUUGUGGAAGGGACUUGACCCUGUGCCCCAUUUGUCAAACUCAUAUAGUCACUAGGAUAAGAUUGUAUGAAUGAUUCAUCCGAUUGUGUAGCCAGAUCGGAGAAUUGACAGGAUGAAAAAUCACUUUGGAUUGCUUAAUUCAACUACAAGAAAGUUGCAGUUCCACUACUUGAGAUUCGUUACGCAUAUCUUUGCAGGAUAACGAACGGGAUGGUCGGUUCUGUUAGAAUGAAGCAAACAGUUCUGUUUCAUUUGAUCCCUACAUACUGUCAAGGUUUAUAAUAGAUAUAUAGAAGCCAAACUAUGCAUUGGUCACGUCCUUAUAAGCUUUUAGAUUAAUCAGUUCUUCAAUAGUUGUGCUUAUGGGGGUAACUCUGUGCCAUGUAGAGAGGGCGGUCGCCCUUAAAUCAUUGGCCCCUUCUUGAAAUAUGUGUUUGAAUUUUGCAUAUUAGCUCCGGUGAUCAAACUAUGUUGAUUUCUUACAGCUUAUAUACUUUUAAUAAAAUGAUUAUGAUCGACUUUCUUGACAA